AUGGCUUUUCUCCGACGGCUUUUUGGCUUUUCGGAAAAAAAGAAGCCGCCAAGGCGGUACGAGCAUGUCAGGAGGGACGUGGACCCCGAGGAGGUCUGGCUGGUGCUGGGCGAACUGGGCGACGGCGCCUUCGGUAAAGUCUUCAAGGCGCAGAACAAGGUGACGGGAGCGUUGGCGGCCGCCAAAGUGAUCGAGACCCCGAGCGAGGAGGAGCUGGAGGACUACGUGGUGGAGAUUGAGAUCUUGGCUUGCUGCGACCACCCCAACAUCACCAAACUGCUGGACGCACUCUACUGGAACGGGCAGCUCUGGAUCCUGGUGGAGUUUUGUCCCGGAGGAGCCGUGGAUGCAGCGAUUUUGGAGCUGGAGAAAGGGUUGACGGAGGAGCAGAUCCGAGCGGUUUGCAAGCAGCUGCUGCUGGCGCUGCAGUACCUGCACGGCUGCAAGAUCAUCCACAGGGACGUGAAGGCUGGCAACGUCCUGCUCACCCUCGACGGGGACGUCAAACUGGCCGAUUUUGGUGUCUCAGCCAAAAACUCCAGCACCGUCCAGCGCCGGGUAUCCUUCAUCGGCACCCCGUACUGGAUGGCCCCGGAGGUGGUGCAGUGUGAGACAUCCAAGGAGAGCCCCUACGGCUACAAGGCUGACAUCUGGUCACUGGGCAUCACGUUGAUCGAGAUGGCCGAGAUGGAGCCCCCCUACCAUGAGCUGAACCCUCUCCGGGUGCUGCUGAAGAUCACCAAGUCCCAACCGCCCACCUUGCGUCACCCCACGAGGUGGUCUGAAGACUUCAAGGACUUCCUGAGGAAAUCCUUGGAGAAGAGCCCCGAGGCGCGGUGGUCGGCCAGCCAGCUCCUGCAGCACCCCUUCGUGGCAGGCAUCUCCGACAAGCGGCCACUCCGGGAGCUGGUGGCUGAAGCCCGGGCUGAUGUGCUGGAGGAAGAGGAUGAGGAGGAAGGUCCGGUCCCUUUGCCUGAGCAGGAGCAUGGAGAGUCCUCCUGCCCCGCAACCCCGGAGGGUCUACUGGAGCAUCAGCCCCCCGAUGGAGAGUUGGGGAGAGUUGGUGAGGAGCUGGGCAUCCCGUCCGACAUCCAGGCGGUGGCAGAGCCCAGGACCAAGAAAGCAUCCGACUUCUUAAAGCAAAUGAGGAGGAGGUCCUCACCUGAGCCCGUGGGCUCCAUGAGGCUCCCUGUGAAGAGGUCAUCUGAGUUUCUGAAGCUGAUGAGGCGCAGGUCUUUUUUUGGAGGGAUGAAGUCCCAAGAAACAGCUAAGGAGCAGCACAGGGCAGAGCUGAGUGGGUUGGAGAUGGCGGCGCUGGAUGCUCCUCAAGGAACCUCAGUCCCAGCAGAGUCAGGAGAAGUUCAAGGGUGUCACGAGGAGGAGACCAGCCCUGUGGGGACUCCCUGCAACGUGGCCGAGGUCCCCUCGGGGCCACAGCGGGCAGGAGAUCUUGCUGAACUGCAAGAGCAGGUUGGACUCAAGGUAGACCCCCAAGAGGAAAGCCAACAUGCUGACUUGUCACCGGUGGCCGAAACACCCGUGGAGGGACAGCUUGCAGCCCAACCGAGCCCCGUUCCGACUCCCAAAAGUGACACAAAAAAGGAGUCACUCAGAGACCCUACUCGUAACUCGCUGGCCUUGUCUGCACCCAUGGACGAGGACUGGCGCAGAGGCACAGCCAUGGGGCAGCUGGUGGCCGCCCUGGACCUGUGGACCAUGGGGACCAAAAGCCAGAGCUUCAAGUCACUGACAGAGCAUCAGCACCGGGUUACUCGGUCGUUGCUAGACCUGCGGGCUCAGGUUGCCUCCACUGGGGCUGAAGAUGGCCUUAGGAAGGAUGGUGGUGGAACAGGGAGGGCGCCCAUGGGACCUGAGGGUGUUGGGGAGACUGAGCUGGUGGAGGAGCGGGUGUCACGGGGUGAAGAAUCACUGAUGCCCAAUGUGAUGGAGGAGAUAGUGGUGGGGUCAGAUGUUCUCAGAGAGUGGCAGGAGCCCCCAGCUGGUCUGGGAGAGGCUGGAGAGAGGAACAAUGGGGAGAGAAACUCAGCCGUGUGUGACCCCUUGGACCUGGUUGAGUCGGAGGUGGGGAGGAAUGAGGAGGAAGCCACAGAUAACGCUGAAACUGAAGUGGAAACUUCUCCUGAGGAAGCCCUGGUGCCAGCAGAAGUGAAACUGGAAGACGAUGUUGUAAAAGGGUCUUUGAUUGGAGACCGUGACCCAGCAGGAGAUGCAGCCAGCCUGGGGAAAGUGGUGCUGGCAGGAGAGGAACCGGAGGCAGCUUCUGCAGCAUGUGCAGGAGAAGGACCUGCAAGUGAGGAGGCUCAAAAUUCAGCAGAGGAUUCAUCACCCAUGGAGAUCCCAGAGCCUGUGGAAGAAGAAACAGAAGAGAAAGCAGAAAACAGCCCCAGAGACAACCAGCCAGAACCUACUCAUGGGAAUGUCUGGAAAGAGCAAGAUGGAAAUGAUGGAGAGCUUGGAGAAGAUGGGGUGCAGGCUGCUCCAGCUCCUGAAUGGCCAUCAAGGGACGGACCUGGAGAGGAGAUGGGUAGCUUGGAGGGUCACGGAGCAGUGCCAGAGCCCCAGCAGGCCCUUGGUGAACAUCCAGAGGCCACAAAGACUGAACCUGCCUCACUCCAAAGGACGGUGAAGAAAACCCGGAGGUUUGUCGUGGAUGGGGAGGAGGUGAGCGUGACGACCGCCAGGACCGUGGGCAAAGCUGGGGCGAGGGAUGAGAUGGUGCGCUCGGCUCGGCGCCAGGAGCUCCGCGAGCUGCGAGUGCUGCAGAAGGAAGAGCAGCGAGCUCAGAGCCAGCUGGAGCAGAAGUUUCACCAGCAGCGGGAGCAGAUGUUUCGUCACAUCGAGCAGGAGAUGACGAGCAAGAAGGAGUUUUAUGACCGGGAGGUGGAGAGCUCGGAGCGGCGGUACCGGCAGCUGAAGGAGCGUCAGGAGCUCGAGUACACGGCGAGGCUGCGAGACGAGGCCAAGCGCCUCAAGUCCCUCCAGGAGAAGGACUGUGGGAGGAGGAUGCAAGAACUGAAGGGCUAUAGGAGAGAGGAGCAGCGGUUCCUGCAGCAGCAGCAGGAGGAACUCAACGCAGCCCUGCAGAGGAUCGUCCAGGAGCACAAGAAGAAGAUGACGUCCAUCGACUGGGAGUGCAUCAGCAAGAUCCACAGCCUCCGGAGAGCCCGCGAGUCGGUGGUGUGGAACAUGGAGCAGGGGCACCUGCAGGAGAAGUACCAGCUCUUCAGGCAGCAGGUGAAGGAGCAGCACGCGUUGCAGAGGCAGCAGCUCCGCAAGCGCCAUGAGAAGGAGACGGAGAGGAUGAACCGCUUCCACCAGCUCUUGCUGGAGGAUCUGAGGAGCCAGCAAGCGCAGGAGAAGGCUCAGCUGCUGAAAAGCCAGCGUUGCGACGCCAAAACCCGCCUGGCCCUCUUCAAGGACAACCUGAAGAUGCAGGAGGCUCACGGGGCCAAGCAGAGGGAGAAGGCCAAGCAGUUCGCGCAGCAGGAGGAGAAGCGGCAGCGAGCGGAGGUGCAGCAGCAGCAGGAGCAGCAGGCGCAGCAGUUGCAGCAGCUGCAGCAGCGGCAGGCUGAGAGCCUGGCAGAGCUGGAGCAGAUGCAGGGGGAGAAGAUGAACCUCUUGGCAGAGCAGGAGAGGCGGCAGCUGGGGCGGUUGGACCAGGAGCACGCCAUGGAGCUCAGCGAGUGGAAGCAACGACUGGCUGCCCGCAAGGAGACUGACUUCUCGGCUUCAUCCUGGACCUGCCUUAGCACCAUGAACUUGCUUGGUGAUCGCAACUCUUGGUCGAACCUGGCCGCCAUCUGCAGGUGGGACAUCCUUGAUUUAAAAGUUUUCCGGAGGCGCAGAGACCAGCGGGAUUUCUCAGCAGCGGUGCUGGGAGGAGAAAAAUCUGCCACUGCUAAGUCCAGAGCGAGCGCUGGUCAGCUGCGAAGCUGA